GCUCAACAUUGUAACGACAAGAAGCUUACUGCAAAGAAGGUUAGCGAGAGCAGUGCUGAGACAUUUUUCGCUGUUAUGGUUCAGAAAAUUGGACCAAUGGAAGCGAAGGGAGUUGUCAUGAAUUGGGCUUGCAUGGCCUUUGACGUCUUCUUUGCAUUCAAAUACGGUGUUGUUGGGAAGCGGGGUCUACGUCAUAGGUAA